UGGAAAAUAGACUAUGUAAAGAACAAGAGGACGGAAAUGCUGCGUGAUGUUCGCGUGAUCUUACUAUAAUUACGUUCUGACAUCUAGCUUCGGUAAUUUCGCGUACAUUGCACUUCAAUCCAUGCUUUUAUAUUUGUAUACACUAUGGCAUCUGGAUCAGUUUCCAGCAGUACGCAUAGGACACAGGAAGUGACUGUGGUGGAGGUACGGAAUCCAGUUACUUAUGAUACAAAUAAACCGUUUACGGAUUACGAAGUAUGUAUAAAAACUACAAAUAAGGCCUUUAUUAUUUCACAAUCGUUUGUGAGAAGGCGAUACUCAGACUUUGUUUGGCUUAAAGCAUGGUUGCAAAGGAAUAACGAAGGUUUUUCUUACAGAAAAACACCAAGUUUGCCUCCGAAAAAAUUGGUUCGUCGAUUUGACAAAGAAUUUAUUGAAGAACGAAGGCAAGGUUUGCAAAAGUUUCUUCGCAAAGUGAUAGAGCAAAAUGUUUACUUGUCUGAUAAAGCUUUACAUUUAUUUCUUCAAAGUGGUAUGUCUGUAAAAGAUAUAGAUAAUUAUUUAAAUGGUGGCAUCAAAAGCCACCAACAAAGCAAUGAAUCAGCAGCACAAACCUUGUCAGAGAAUGACCAAAAUGAGGCACAAAAUAAUAAAUUGUUACAAAUAGAUGAAAUUCCUAAUGAGAGAAAUUCAUGUAAUGAGUAUAGUUCAUUGACAAGCUCUUCAUUUAGUUCUAUUGGAUCUUCUCUUGCAGAUUCCUUUGAGAAAAUAAAUAUACAAGAUUGUCAUCCAAAAGUAGAACUGGAAAAUUGUACUAAAGAGGCUUCAAAUGAAAGCUUAGACAAAAAUAAGAAAGACUUUGAAGAAGAAGAAGAAGAAGAAGAGCCUUUAACGAAAAGAAAGUUAACUGAUGAAAGUUAAAGUUCACAAUUACAUGGAGCAUUGUAUGUAAGGUUUCGUUUAAAGUAAUAAUUGUUGUGAUUUUGCAUGGAGAGCACUGGAUAUGUACAGGGAACAGACUGCCAUGAUUAAAGAUAUUCAUUCAAACAAGACUUAUGAUAAAAUCGGUGAAACUUGUUUGCUGAAAAGCACUAAAUUCAGUAUGAAUAUAAUACCUUUAUUUAAAAAUACAUCUAAAAAGCCUAGACAGAUGUUGCAGAUAUUUGUUUAGAGUCACUGAACUCCCAAUUUUUUAUAGAAAAGAUAGAUUAUAUAUCAUCGUGUCUACCCAUAGCCUUUUUUUGCUUUGCUUUAAAAUGCUGACUGUGAGUGUAAUAGGGUCUGGUAACUAGUUUUAAAGAGUCAUACAAAAAUUAGUGUGACCAAGAUAACUAUCAGAGUUUAAUAAAGGCCAAUUUCCAUUCAAUGUGCAAUUGUUUUCCGCUGAGCAGGAAUGAAGUCAUAGUUGAACCUCCCCUUUACAAAAGGUUGUAGGG